AUGGCGUCAAGAAAGCAUUUUUUUGGCAAGCCUAAAUACAUCUAUCCACAACCAGAACCAGAUAUGUCCGAAAACGACGAGAAUGUCUUUGAGUUCGAAGAAUCCGACAUUCAUAACUUAGGCGAUCACCAGUUGCCGAGUUCAUUCGAGGCCAAGAGAUCGAUAUCAAUCUCUCGGUUACGGAGAAAACCGGCGAAACUCGGAGAUUCCUCUGUUUCCGUUAACCGGAAAGCGCCAAAGACCGGUUCGCUUCCGGUUAACAUCCCCGAUUGGUCGAAGAUUCUUAAGAGUGAGUAUAGGAGCCAUGCGGUAGUGCCAGACUACGACAGCGACGAAGAUGAAGAAGACGAGGAAGAUAUCAACGAUGGUGACACGGCGGUGGCGACGGGAGGAAGAAGGAUCAUUCCGCCGCACGAGUAUUUAGCGCGGCGGAGAGGAUCUUCGUUCACGGUGCACGGUGGAACGGCUAAGGGAAGAGAUCUAAGGAUAUUGAGAAACGUGAUUUGGGAGAAGAUUGGAUUUCUGGAUUAG